GUGGUGGUGGGCAAAGCGAUAAGAAAGAAAGAAAGAAAGAAAAAAAUCACAAGUCCCAGCAGAGUUGGAUUCUUGCAGGUGGUGGUGGGAAAAGCGAAAAGAAAGAAAAAAAUCACAAGUCCCAGCAGAGUUGCUUCUUGCAAAGUGGAGGGCCAAAGUGAAAAGAAAGAAAGAAAGAAAAAAAUCACAAGUCCCAGCAGAGUUGCUUCUUGCAAAGUGGAGGGCCAAAGUGAAAAGAAAGAAAGAAAAAAAUCACAAGUCCCAGCAGAGUUGCUUCUUGCAAAGUGGAGGGCCAAAGCGAAAAGAAAGAAAAAAAUCGCAGGUCCUGGAAAAAAACCAAGUCCCAGAGUUGCUUGCAUCUUGAAGGUGGAGAAGCAAAGUGAAAAGAAGAAAAAUAUCACAAGUCCCAGCGGAGUUGCUUCUUGUAGGUGGUGGUGGGCCAAGUGA